GAGAAGAUCAGAGACUCAGUAUUGACAAAACUGGAGACAAAGAAAGGGUUAGAGAGGCAGUUUUGACAAAACUGGGGAAACAGAGAAGGGCAGAGACUCAGUAUUGACAAAACUGGAGACAAAGAAAAUGUUAGAGAGGCAGUUUUGAUAAAACUGGAGAAACAGAGAAGGGCAGAGACUCAGUAUUGACAAAACUGGAGACAAAGAAAAUGUUAGAGAGGCAGUUUUGAUAAAACUAGAGAAACAGCGAAGGUUAGAAAGUCAGCAUUGACAAAACUGGUGACACCCUUGUUCACAAUCGACACCAGAAGCAUGGCAUCAUAUUCGAAUCAAGCCCCAAUUGCUACGCAAGAGGAAUUUGCAGAGUUGUGUGAGUGUGGAACAGAUUCCUUUGGGAAGUCAGAUAGCCUUUCACACCCAGAUACAUUAGAACGUGAAAACAAGAAUGGCAGUGUCCCAAAUGUCGCGAAUCGAACCGCUGAUACAGUACACACUUCAAUUGAUCCCCUAAAUUCUUCAAAACAAAACAUCUCUGCUAUAAAAAGCACAAAAGAUGAAAUCAACAUUUUAGAUGACAGCACGUUUCCGAAUAGAUCCCAUGAUGGCAAAAACGGAGAUAUGCGUGACGAAGAUUGCAACAGUGGAACCGGAAGUCGAUAUUUUUUGCGAACUAGUUCAUCUGGUAGUCAAUUCAAGACUCCUAAAGGAGGUUUUGUCUAUUCUAAAUCUUGUGAUGGAAGUCCGCUGAGACUUGGACCUGAAACUGCCAUUCUAGGCUAUAUUGGGAAACGUUGUAGAGAUUGUGAUACCCUCUCUCAUGAACAAGGACAACAUUCUUCGGAGACUUUGUUUCUAGAAGAACUGUAUGGCUGUAACUCAAAAAUGAAUUCUUCAAAAGUUGGAACAUUCGAAAGUCUCGUUGUUUUUAACACAGUCACUGGACAAAGACUUCUUCCUGAUGGUUGUGAAGAACAAACGUCCCCAACUGAUGACGAACAGAGAACUGCUGCCGUCACUAAGAGCGAUAACUCUGAUGAUGUAAAAAGCAAAUUACAUGAUACUUGCAUGUUAGUAUGUAAAAAGAUAUUAGUUUACGCAGCCUCAAACGUAGGUCUAGCAUGUAUAGUUGUGGGAUACGCAAUCCUUGGAGCAAUUAUCUUUCAAAGUCUUGAGGCGUGGAAUGAAAAGAAAACACGCUCAACCAUUAGUGAAAUUCGCACAGUAAGGAUGGAAGAACUAAGAAAUAUAGCCAACAAGAUACACCAUUUGAAUAAAGAAUCCUGGACAAAAAACGCUGAUGAAAUAAUGAAAAAGUUCCAGCGAGAAUUGUACACGAAGACAAAAGGACAGGGAUGGGAUGGCGUAGAUGACGUUGUGGGAGGCGAACGAGACUGGACGUUCGUGGGAGCUCUUUUGUAUUCAGUUACACUGAUUACUACCAUAGGGUAUGGAGAUAUCACUCCGAAAACACCUGGAGGACGUAUCGCCACCAUGUUUUACGCUAUGUUUGGAAUCCCCCUCACACUUCUCUGCUUGGCGAACCUAGGAAACGUCAUGGCACAAACCUUUCGACAGUUAUUCUACAGAAUGGAAUUCAAGAUAGAAAAUUUAUUCUCAUACCUAAAAGGUCGAUACAAGGCAUCCAAGUAUAGGAUAACCAGCCGUAAUCCAUUCAUUAGGUUCUGUACGCGUCAUUUCCCGUGCAGAAAGAACAAAAACUGUAAUGCUGAAAUGGAGCUCGACGAAAUAAAAAAACUGGACAAACUCCACGAAACAAAUUGUGAGCCCUGUCGGGGUGUUUGCAAUUCCGAAUUUCCAUUUGAACACGCAGAAUCUCAAAUUGCUGUAGAGUGCAAAGAAAGUGAACACGGACUAUGUCGUGAUGAUGAAAAUCUACCGUGUAACAGUGCUUGCAACAUUGAUACUUACAGUAACGAGAAUGAUAAAGAAAGUCGGUCAAAGUCUGUUGGAAGCAUGGAUGUUGACCUAACGUUUCCGACUGUGGAGGGUGAUCACUCACAGCAAGAAGAAGAAAACGUACGCGAUACUCUGCCGAAAGCUAAACAUGAGAAACCAAAAGGAUUCAGCAAAGGGAUGUCGGUGAAACAGAGAAAGAAACUUGCCCGAGAUGUUCCGAUAUGGGUAUGCUUGAUUAUUGUGAUGGCAUAUAACUUGUUAGGAAGUGUGCUGUUCGGGCUGUGGGAGAAAGGUUGGGGAUUCCUAACCGGCUUUUAUUUCUGUUUUAUCACUCUGUCGACGAUUGGAUUUGGGGACGUGGUACCUGGACAUAGCAUGGAGUCCUGGCAAAGUCAGGAGAAACAAAUCAUAUGUACCAUAUAUCUCCUUGUCGGCCUGGCCAUGCUCGCCAUGUGCUUUGAUCUGAUGCAGAGACAGAUUCGUGAGCGGGCGAAACACUGCGCUAUUUGGAUGGGACUUCUUGAUGAAAACGGCAGUGAGAAAAUAACCGCAGUUUAAUGUAACACACGUAUUAAACAUACAGUAUUUAUCACCUAAUCUUCCUGCUGUCCAAUGAAUUCGCCCAUGUCAUAUCUGUACAAAUAUGUCAAUAGUGCAAUAUACCAAAGAGCGUUUUUCAUUGGACAGGCAUAAAUCGAUUCUGACGAUAAUAACACUGAUGACGUUACGCCAUGAAAACAAAAUGGCUGCCUUUGUUUGAUUUUGUCGUGCUUAUUUUGACCUAAAACCUUUCAAAAUAUAAAUUUCCUGAGUUUUAUGAUAAAAAAUUGUUUAAAAUCAUUCAAGAUCCUAUAUGUAAUGCAAAUUUCGCGGAUAUCUGUCUCAAUUAUUUACAUUUCAAAUACAUUUUAUUGAUUAAAUACUCAACAGGAUUGGGCAACAAACUUUACCUACAUCGGCUAUCCAAAGCUUCCAGCAUUUAGUGUUUAUUGAAAACACUCACGGUCAAUAUAGUUUAACUCGUCAUUGACUCUUCCGUGGUUUCAUCCAAACUACAGGAAUAUUUAAUUAGACUGAGUUAGCAUACUAUAGGAUCCCAUGGGAUGAAUAAUUAAGUUAUGAAUAACGUUGAUGACAAAUUAAUGAAUGCUCUUCUACAAAUUGCACGUGAGGACCCGAUAUUGCUCAAGGGCUGAUCACAGGGCUCGUCAACCCUGACAGCCUUGUGCUAUAUUGUUUUGGAAGCAAUUUUUUUGUAAUUUAAAAAAACUUAGAUUUGUAACAUAAAUUAGCUUUAUACUGUUGUAAAUCAUACGUACGUCUUGUCCCAUGAACCACUAGAAAUGGUUGCAUCAAAUAUUUAUGAGAUAUAAUGUAAAUCAUGUCUUCACUGAUACAUUGAUUUAUACAUACUUUAUUUGCUUUAAAAGCAUAAAGGAUUAAGUACAAGUUACUGUAACAUUACUGAGGCUCACUCCAUAAUACAAACUGUAUCAACUGAGAAAAAGUAUAAUGUGAUCACAAUGAAAACCAUUUCUAUACUAAUAAUUCAACAAAAACGAAAAACAAAAUAAAAACAAUGUAUAUCAUAUAUUACUGAACCAUUCGGCAUGUACUCUCGUUACUGUAUCUUAGAUUACUUGAGUUAUAUGCAUGAUAUAUGUUUUGAAGAAAAACUCAUAAAUUAUCUCCCGGGACAUAUGCAAUGCUGUUGUAACUAAAUAUGAAAUAAAGAUACGCAUUUUAA